AUGAGCAAGAUGGGAGCAAAGAUAGACAUAAUCUCAAGGGAAUUGAUAAAACCUUCUUCUCCAACUCCCAAGGAAAACAAAGAAAUCAAACUGUCUGUGCUGGAUCAGCUUGCACCCCAUAAAUAUUUUGCUCUUCUUUUCUUCUAUCAAAAUCACUCCUCUUGCUCAGAAGCUCUUAACCCUUCAAAAGCUACCCUGCAUUUGAAGCAAUCUUUAUCAGAAAUUUUAACUCAGUUCUACCUGUUAGCCGGAAAGCUGAACCCGGAUUAUCUUUCCGUUGAUUGUGAUGAUUCCGGUGCCCUGUUUGUAGAAGCUAAGGUUGAUGCUUCCCUCUCAGAAGCUCUUCAGAAUGCACCUUAUGAAAGUUUUAAUCAAUACUUGCCGUUUGAGCUUUGUGAUGAUGAUGGCCAUGGUAGACUCCUGGCUACCUACCCAAGAGAUGAAAUGCUAGUUGCAGCUCAGAUCAGUUGGUUUGAAUGCGGAAGCAAUGCUAUUGGGGUAUGCAUUUCACACAAAGUUGCUGAUUUCAUGUCUUAUGUAGAAUUCCUGAAUUCAUGGGCUGCCAAAAACAGGGGAGAUUGUAAGAGAUUCUCACCCGAUUUCGAUUCGGGGAGGAAUCUUUUCCCUCCAUCCGAGUUGUCUCUAAGAUCUCCCUUUACUGAACUGAAAGGGAGGAUCUCGUGCAAGCGAUUUCUGUUCGACAAGGAAAAGGUAACAGAAUUGAAAGAUCUAGCAAUUUCUUCAUCAUCAGUUGUGAAAAAUCCCACUCGGGUUGAAGUGGUUACUGCUUUCCUGCUGAAACAACUCAUCAAUGUGGAACGAGCUAAGAAGAAUAGUACUAAUCAAUCUGCAGCUGAAACAAGGCUCAGAAUAAUGAUCAGGCAUAUGGUGAAUUUGAGAAGCAGAAUAAGCAGCUUGGCCUCCUCAUCAAAUCCUAAUCAGGAGUUUCCUUUUGGGAACUUCUCAGUUGCUCCAAAUUCUGUUUUCAAUCCUGAUGAGGAUUUCAGAGAUUUUGGUGAUCUAGUCAAGCUCACCAGUACCACAAUAAAGAAAGCUAACUAUGAUUAUGUUAUGAAUUUUGUAGCUUCUUUGAGCAAUUCUGGUCCAAGUAAUGGUAAAGCUGAAGCAGAGCAACAACAACCAACGGUUGUGCAUUUUACAAGUUGGUGCAGAUUUCCAUUUCAUGAUUUGGAUUUCGGAUGGGGUAAACCUUUCUCAGUUGGUCCUGCUGGGACCCCGGAUACUAUUAGGGUGAUCUUAAUCAGCACCCCAAAUGAAGAUGGAAUUGAGGCUUGGAUUUACAGAUUAGAAGAUGAACUGGCUUUGCUUCCGGACGAGCUCCUUUCGCUGGAAGUGACCAAUUAUUUCUGA